UAGGAGCUUGGAACCAACGUCACCCCUCCGUCUCUCACCAGGGGGAAAAAAAUGGUUGAAGCAGAUCUCCCAGGAAAGCUUUUCAUUGGUGGUCUCAAUACAGAAACAAAUGAAAAAGCCCUUGAAGCAGUAUUUGGCAAAUAUGGAUGAAUAGUGGAAGUUCUAUUGAUGAAAGACCAUGAAACCAACAAAUCGAGAGGAUUUGCUUUUGUCACCUUUGAGAGCCCAGCAGAUGCUAAGGAUGCAGCCAGAGACAUGAAUGGAAAGUCCUUAGAUGGAAAAGCCAUCAAAGUAGAACAGGCCACUAAACCAUCAUUUAAAAGUGGUAGACGUGGACCACCUCUACCUCCAAGAAGCAGAGGGCCUCCAAGAGGUCUUAGAGGUGGAAGAGGAAGAAGUGGAGGAACCAGGGGACCUCCCUCACGUGGAGGGCACAUGGAUGAUGGUGGCUAUUCCAUGAAUUAUAACAUGAGUUCUUCCAGGGGACCACUUCCAGUAAAAAGAGGACCACCACCACGAAGCGGCGGUCCUCCUCCUAAAAGAUCUGCCCCUUCAGGACCAGUUCGCAGCAGCAGUGGAAUGGGAGGAAGAGCUCCUGUGUCACGUGGAAGAGAUAGUUACGGAGGCCCACCUCGAAGGGAACCCCUGCCCUCUCAUAGAGAUGUUUAUUUGUCCCCAAGAGAUGAUGGAUACUCUACUAAAGACAGUUAUUCAAGCAGAGAUUACCCAAGUUCUCGUGAUACAAGAGAUUAUGCACCACCACCAAGAGAUUAUAUUUACCAUGAUUAUGGUCAUUCCAGUUCACGUGAUGACUACCCAUCGAGAGGCUAUAGUGAUAGAGAUGGCUAUGGUCGUGGUCGUGACUAUUCAGAUCAUCCAAGUGGAGGUUCCUACAGAGAUUCAUAUGAGAGUUAUGGUAACUCACAGAGUGGUCCACCUACACUUGGGCCCCCACCAUCUUAUGGUGGAAGCAGUUGCCAUGAUGAUUAUAGCAGCUCACGUGAUGGAUAUGGUGGAAGUCGAGACAGUUACUCAAGCAGCCAAAGUGAUCUCUACUCAAGUGGUUGUGAUCCAGUUAGCAGACAAGAAAGAGGGCUUCCCCCUUCUAUGGAAAGGGGGUACCCUCCUCCACGUGAUUCCUACAGCAGUUCAAGCCACGGAGCACCAAGAGGUGGUGGCUGUGGAGGAAGCAGAUCUGAUUGA